AUGGCUGUCGCUGAAACUGAGAAGUUCCUCCACCUCUCGCGGCCCAUCGCGCCGGCCACGAUUGGCAUCCCAGGCAACAUUGCCCCGCUCACCGUCAACAUCCAGCCCCAGGCCAUCCUCUCCAUUCUCGACCAUGCCGUGCGAAGAGACAUCCGCGAUACGCAAUCAACCCGCGUUAUCGGCGCCCUCGUUGGUGUCCGUUCCGAAGAUGGCACCGAGGUCGAAGUGCGCUCCUGCUUCGCCAUCCCCCACACCGAGAACGAGGACCAGGUCGAGGUGGACGUCGACUACCAGAAGAACAUGCUCGCCCUCACCCUCAAGGCCAACCCGCGCGAGUCCCUGUUGGGUUGGUACACCACCACCCACGAGCUCAACUCCUUCUCCGCCCUGAUCCAGAACUUCUUCGCCUCCCCCGAGACCGGCACCUUCCCCCACCCCGCCGUCCACCUCACCAUCAGCACCGACCCGACCUCCGAUAUUGAGGCCCGAUGCUACAUCUCCGCCCCCGUCGCCGUCAACGCCGAGCGCGCCGCCGAGAGCUGCCUCUUCAUCCAGGUUCCCCACAAGCUCAUGUACGGCGACGCCGAGCGCAGCGCCCUCGAGGCCAUCUCCAUGGCCAAGGACACCGAGGACCGCACCGCGCCCGUCGUCUCCGACAUUGAGGGCCUCGCCCGCUCCAUCGAGUCCGGCGCCAACCUCAUCGAGCGCGUCAGCGACUGGGUCAACGGCAUCCUCGACGAGGACGAGGAGCCCAACCAGGCCCUCGGCCAGUACCUCAUGAACGCCCUCUCCCUCGCCCCCAAGGUCGACCCCGAGCAGAUUGAGCACGACUUCAACAACCACAUCCAGGACGUCCUCAUGGUCUCCUACCUGGCCAACACCAUCCGCACCCAGAUUGACCUGUCGCAACGGCUGGCUGUUGCCAACCUCACCGGCGGCGAGAAGGACGGCGAGGGCAAGACGACCGAGGGCGGCGAGAAGGGCGAGCAGCAGCGGGGUGGUCAGCGCGGCGGCAAGCGCGGUGGACGCGGCGGCGGCCGUGGUGGUGGUGGCCAGAGGGGAGAGCCCAGGGAGCCCCGCGAGCCUCGCGAGCCGAGGGAACCUACCGAGUAAAGAAAAAAGGGGCAAGCUAAUUUGUUUUGAAAAAAGAAAAGAGAGAAACUCCCUCUUAAACACGCAAAAGCCAUGUGGAAGAGAGGAUGGAACCAAACUUAACCCCCCAAAAAAGGAUAACAGGAGGUCGAGAAGUUGAAAGAGACCUAGGACAAGCUAGCCCGCGAUGCUGGGGAAUUUUCUGCCGCAAGGUUAGCAAGCAUGGCAUCAUGAGGAACCCACACUUGAUAAAACCAUCAUGGCGUUAUGGCAGUGGCAGAAUUAGACGGCCUAGGGUAGAAUGCGCUAGGCAGUUGCAAUGAUGAUUAUUCACGCUUUCAUGCAAAUAUUCAACACACACGCACACACACACACAAGAGACGUCUGUUCAGGAUGCGGCGCAUGUAAAUUUGGAAAAAGGUUUGAGUGAUAAUUAAGGUGCGUAAGUGUUCUAGCAUGCAAUAGCCUACAUGAUCUGAUGCC